AAGCAAUCAAAUUUCAGGUCCUGUGUUGAAUAAAUAGUCCUCUCGCCAGGUUCAGCUUUGACGGACGAGUGUGUUGGCGGACUGGAUUUCCGUUUGUAGUGUUACGAUUGAAGGCAUCUGGCGGAUCUUCUCAACGUCCUGAGUGAUUAAAUAGCCGCCCUCCCAUACAAGAAUUGGCUUUUCUGUCGCAUUUCGCCGGAUUUACCCUUGCCCUGCCCUGGUGUUGUUCUUUUUGUUGUUGUAUGAGCGUUGGUCAAUCUCCACGGCCACGGCCACGGCCUUGGCUAUUAAUAUUAAAUAUUUUAUUUAAUAAAUAAAUAAAUAGUUAGUUAACUUACCGAACGACGCAAACAACCGCCUCCAACCACUCCACCAGUCACUCCUACAUAAAUAUAGCAACAACUCCGCGCACGAUAACGGAAUCCCAUCUUACCUUUUUUCGAUUGUAUCAGCUAUACGGAGUUACUUGAGCCGAGAAUAUAUCCAAGCAACCAUCCAGCGUCGACUUGUUUGGGCGAGCGACCCCGUCCGCAACUGAUUGGCUUGAGGCCCCACGUAUUUAAAUACGCCAGCACCACAAAAACCGUGCCACACCCCCAAUCCUGCCCGACUCCGGUCAACAACGGCCAGCCGACAGUCGUGACCACGCACAAGAGAACCGCGCACAUCGACGCAGUAUACCUUUCCUGAACUCGCUAGACUGAAGAAAGUGAAAGGAAUAGGCCUGGCAUGGCUUCGGAGACACACCAGGAAAAUGGUGUGCUGAACGAUGAGCCUGCCAGUAGGACCCCGUCUGCAGCCAUUUUCCCAGAGCCUCACUCAACCGCCUUGGAUACCGCAGAACACACGGACAAGGAUUCUCAAGGCCCAGUAUCAGGCUCCAAUACGGAUGAUGUCGGCGCCGCGCCCGGCGCACGACCUACCCCUCAACAAGGCUCUACCCACCUAAAGCAAGAAAACCACGAACCUACUCCGGAAAAUGACGUGGCGGAGCUCUCAGAAGAUGGCGCCGGUGAACGUCCUGUCCGCCAGAAACUCAAGGAAACCUCCAUCGCAGGCGUGCCUCGCCCCAAUUCCCCAGAAGACCACGCCAUGGCGUCACAGGUAGCCUCGGUGGCCGGAGCAGACAGUGUGAAUGAAACAAGCAGCGUGGAAGCGCGGGGAAGGCUAUGGAGGAAACGAUCAAGGGGCGAUAUGAAUGAGGACGAAAAUCAGGACGAUAUCUCCGGCGUAACAAAUACAGACGAGACUGGCCAUCGACGAAAGCGGUCAAGGGAUUCCAAAACGGAUGAUCAAAGCAGUGACAACCAAGGGCAGCCUAAGAGUGGAAUACGUACGCCAACAGAAGAGCUCAAAAGCACAGAGCGUGAUGCUGCCAAUCGCAUUCUCAGCCCCAAGAAGAAGCGUAGCAGGGACCAAUUCGAUAAGGACCAUCUGAAGUCUGACGCUCUGGACGAAAAGUGCCAGGAAGGGGCGGCAUCAGCUAAAACUGGGGAGUCCUUUGAUAGACCCAAGGCCGUGUCUGCUAAUCGUACGGUAGAGGGCGAACCGGAGAAGAAGAGACAUCGUGAUGAUUCCCAGGAUAGGAGCUCUCAAGGAGAUUCCGAUCUGGUUUCCAAAAAGGCUUCCGCACCGAAUCCGUUCUCCAAUACCCUAGGCGUAUCCCCUUUCGCAUCUAUGUCAUCUAAACCUACCCAACUAACAUCAAAGGGCACAACGGAAAAGAAGGAACAGCCCAUGACUUCGGCAUCUGCCUUCGCCUCAUCGAAAUUGGCAUCCUUUGCCAGCUCAGAAAAAUCCCCAUUUAGCAGCCUUGGAGGCGGUUCUACUAUAGGUCUCAAAUCCGCAUCUCCUACUAAAAAUACAACCGUCAAUAAACCCCCACAAACAUCUUCUUCAGCAUUUACAGCCUCGCCAUUUGCAGCUGCCGCUGCUUCGUCCCCGUUUGGUGCAUUCGGUGGUGGUAAGUCCGCUUUUAGUCGGAGUGGAUUUGGCACAGGUUUCUCCGCCGCUACACCAAAAUUAGGUGGGGGAUUAGCAGGCUUUGCAGCUUCUACUACGGGCGGGUCUGCGAUUUUGGGAGCUGCUGGCUCUAAGCAUGGUGAUGAGAAAAAUGUAGAGAAGGGCAGGAAGGGUGGGGAUGAUGGGAAGUCCACCUUUGAAGGUUUGGAGGAAGAGAAAGGGGAUGAGAGGUUCCAUGAACAGCAGACUGAGACGGGUGAAGAGGGCGAGGAUACCAUUUUCUCAUGCCGCGGCAAGCUAUAUCAUUUCGACGGUAAGGAAUGGAAGGAGCGCGGUGUUGGGGUUUUCAAAGUGAACAUCCGGGAACCGGCGAAUGGUGAUGAUGAUACAGACGAAUCUAGCGAAGAGCAACAACCCCUAGAAGACAAGGUAGAGGAAAAAGAAGAAAAGGAAGAAGUCAAGGCCAAGACCGAUGAGGACGAUAACAACGAACCAAAGAAGAAAACAGCCCGAGUGAUCAUGCGGGCCGAUGGUGUGUGGCGGGUUAUCCUAAACAUUCCUAUUUUCAAAGGUAUGAAAGCGGGUGAUCCGUCCGGGGCAGCUCCGAAGGGAAAACAAGUGCACUUUGCGGGGUUCGAGGAGGGCAAGUCUGUCCCUUUCCUAUUUAGGACCGGAAACGAAGAUGUUGCCAAGGAGCUCUGUGUCACUAUCCAGAAACUCCAAGAAAGUCUAUGAGAUUUUCUUUUGUUAUUUCCAUCCGUUCUUUCUUGCGCCCAAUUCACCUUUAAGCGCUCCGUUCCAUUCCUGCUAGUCUUUCCUUUUGGCCUUAACUUACACAACAAACCGUGGAUAAUUAAUUUUCUCUUUCUAUUUAUAAAAAAACCCAUCUCGUCUGCUCGAAGUGUCUAUCUUUGACUCUGUUCGUGGUUCAACUUUUCAACCUGUUCAUACCUUUAUUUCCCCGAGGUUAUUAAGGGGGAUAUACCUGCUCCGACAAUCCAACAUUUCUUUUGUCGACAACACACAAACGCCCUUCUUUCCUUAAUAUUUAUUAGCAUUGUAGUUUUUGUGUUUUCUUUAGUAUCAUAGCAUGGGGAUGCAUGGCCCCAUCGAAGAAGCGGGAUAAAGCACGGAAUCUACUUGGGGAGGCGGGAAAGAUAUACAACGGAAUUUGCUGGAGAAUUCAGUUUUUUGCUCUCCUUUGUUCUAUUUGGGUUGUUCGUCUUUUUGUUCCUGCAACAUAUCUUUAUUUGCCCGUGUUCUUUUGUUUAAUUCCAUAUCCUUUCUCACUUUUUUCCCCCCUCCAGUCGCUCGGAAGCAGGAUCUUCUUCAUUUUCCUUGUUUGUCAGAGAACGAUAAACUCAUAUCCAUUCCACCCGCGUUGUCUUCAAUUUCCUCGUUUCCCUUUCUUCUUCCAUUCUGUUUACUUCCGCGAUGCUAUCUAGGCGGAGAUUGGAUUUAUUUUCAUGACUCCAUUUCUGCAGGCAUAGAGACGUAAACGUCAAAAUUACGGUUACAAGCAAAAUAAAUCCUCCAAACGUUGACUGGCAACUCGCAAUUUUAUUAUAAAUAUCAUCAUCUAGUUUAUAUCCGUCCUAUCUCAAGAAUCCAAUAGGCCUAAUGUUUAAAAGGAGUUGGGUAUGUCUCAAAUGAAUUAACUGGUGGCUUUUUCGAAAGCUUCGGCCGAUUUG